GUCCGCCAACCAAAAAAAAAAGAAAAAAAAUUAAUUUCCAUGGCGAGGCUUGUUACUCUGAGACGCGCUCUUUUUGUUCCCGAGGGACUAAGGAGAGUUGUGCUGGGAACUUCUUCUCAGACACGCAAUUUUGCUACAAAAGGUAAAAGAAAAUCCAAGUCAGAUGGAAGCGAGUCUGGUGAAGAAAAUACGUCAAAGAAAGAUUUGGCUUUACAACAAGCCCUUGAUCAAAUUACUAGUCAAUUCGGAAAGGGAUCUAUCAUGUGGUUUGGCCACUCUGAAGCUCCCAAAAAUGUUCCGGUCGUGUCUACAGGUUCCUUUGCUCUUGAUAUAGCACUUGGAUGUGGUGGAUUUCCAAAGGGUCGUGUGGUCGAGAUUUUUGGUCCGGAGGCUUCUGGGAAAACCACUCUUGCUUUACAUGUAAUUGCUGAAGCACAAAAGCAAGGAGGUUACUGUGUUUUUAUGGACGCUGAGCAUGCCCUUGAUUCAUCAUUAGCUAAGGCUAUUGGGGUGAACACUGAGAACUUGCUUCUUUCGCAACCUGAUUGUGGUGAACAAGCUCUCAGUCUUGUGGACACUCUCAUCCGGAGUGGUUCUGUUGAUGUCGUUGUUGUUGAUAGUGUAGCUGCACUUGUGCCUAAAAGUGAACUUGAUGGAGAGAUGGGUGAUGCUCAUAUGGCAAUGCAAGCCAGAUUAAUGAGCCAGGCACUUCGCAAACUGAGCCACUCUUUAUCACAGUCACAGACUGUUCUGAUCUUUAUCAAUCAGGUGAGAGCAAAGCUUUCAACUUUUGGAUUUGGUGGGCCCACUGAAGUAACCUGUGGUGGUAAUGCUCUGAAGUUCUAUGCUUCUGUACGCCUAAACAUAAGAAGGGUAGGGUUUAUCAAGAAGGGAGAAGAGACAACAGGAACUCAAGUUCAAGUGAAGAUAGCGAAGAAUAAGCUUGCCCCUCCAUUUAAAACUGUUCUGUUUGAGCUUGAGUUUGGCAAGGGAAUAAGUCGUGAAUCGGAGAUCAUAGAAUUGGCAGUGAAACACAAAUUCAUCAAGAAAAAUGGUGCAUUUUAUGACUGUAAUGGUCGCAAGUACCAUGGCAAGGAAGCACUGAGGGAGUAUCUAGCUCAUAAUGAUGAUGUCCAGGAAGAGCUUAUGAUGAAGCUCAGGGAGAAGCUACUUGAAGCUGAGAAUGAUCAGGAACUGAAAGAUGAGACUACAGAUGGAGAACCAACCCAAGAAACCAUCCCAGAUUCUACCGAUGAAGAAGUACUUGCCGCAGCUGAAGCAUAUACAUGAACAACCUCGGAACUGUAGAUGGAGGUUUAUUCUGCUAAAUCCCAUGGCAUCGCCCAGUUUUCUAUGGAGUCCUGCCAUCCCAUCUCCUGCUCAUCAACAGCACCAGCAUUUCCAGUGGCCACAAAUUGAAGGAUUCGGAAGGCAUCAGGUUUAUUAUUACUAAAAACUGCCCAAGCUUGUGACAGGACACAUGGUUUGUGAUUGUGCCGCAGCUGAGACUUUUUAAUCGUCAGUGUAGGUUUUGGUUCUAGAAUGGAUCAAAGUUUUGCGGGUCUAGAUGAGCUACUGCUGAAAAUGCAUGGCGAUUGCCAUAUUUCAUGAAAUGUACACCUAAAUUAUGUCUGUGAAUGGGGCCAAUUUUUUUUUUUUAAUUUGUUUAGUAAUUAAAAAUCCAGCGCAGUAUCCUAUUCAAUGCA